AUCGGAGGCUGCUGCGGUCUGAAUGUCUUCUGUGUACGAGAGAACCGACUGACGAGGAUACCAUCAGAGCUGUCACAAGCCACAGAACUCCAUGUGUUCGAUGUAUCUGGCAAUAGGCUCACCCACUUACCAAUGUCACUGACCACGCUACGACUAAAAGCCUUGUGGUUGUCAGAAAACCAGUCGCAGCCUCUCCUCACCUUUCAGACCGACGAGGAUCCUGAAUCGGGCGAGAAGGUGCUCACCUGCGUGCUGCUGCCUCAACAGCCAUGUGAACCAGACAAUAAAGGUAAUGUUUUUAUCAAGGGGAGAUGCAGAUGUAAGACCAGUGGAGGUCAAACGAGUGAGGCUGAAGCUGAAGUUGGGGGCAGGGAAGAUUGUGUUGCUGCUCUGAUAAAACUUGCCCGCUUUGGAGCCCUGGAGAGCCUGGUGAAUGACAUGGCAGAUGACACAUGGAACAACAAAGCCAUGAACAGGACCAGUGCCAUUCACUUCCUGGAUGAUGAUGAUGAGGAGGAGGAUGACGAAAAGGGAACUCUACUUCGGCGGGCCACGCCUCAUCCCGGUGAGCUGAAAACGAUGAAGAAAGCAGCCGAGAACCUCCGCAAUGACCUGAACGCUGCCAAAGGCCUGGACUCCAACAAAAAUGAGGAGUGUAGAAAUCCUCAUACUAACCCGUCCCCCAAGACCAGUAGCCAAAACUGGGCCACCACAGGUUUCAGCUGGGUGGCAAACAAAGAGUGUCCACAGGGGGGACCUCAACCGUUCCCAGCCAGCAACCGCAUGUGUGGGUGCACCAGUGCAGAGAAGGCGGCAGAGGAAAUUGAGCAACCUAAGGAGGAUGGUGCCGGCCAGCUGUCAGAGAGUGACGCCUUCCCACGUCGGUUUCGCCAUCAGAGGGGUGAAACCCGAGAGGGCAGGAAAUUUCAGCAUCACAGAGCUUUUAAUACUGAGUCUGGUCUCCAUGGAGACCCUGUCCACAACAUAAAGAUCUCCUCCAUCACAGGGCAUCUGAAAUCUUCUUUGGUGACAGAGAAGACCCCUCCUCAGGAAUCACUCAUCUCUCAAGUGCCAUUAAGAUUACAGAUCAAAGUGUGUGGCCAGAGGAGUAGUCUGGGAAUCAGCAUUGCUGGUGGGAAAGGCUCUUUGCCUUACAAAGACCGUGAUGAAGGCAUUUUCAUUUCCCGAGUAACAAAAGGGGGGCCAUCAGAAAAGGCAGGGGUCCAUGUUGGAGAUAGAUUGCUGGAGGUCAACGGCCUCAGCAUGCAGGGGGCCACCCAUCACGAGGCGGUCAGCGCCCUCAGGAAUGCCGGGAGCUGCAUCAAGAUGAAAGUGCUCAGAGACAGGCUGCUGCAUCAAGAGGUGUGUGACCUGGACAAGCCUCAGGAUGCUCAGGUUGUGAAGGGACGACAGCUCUGCAGCCAGGACGGCGGAGGCCAGAGGAGCAAACAGUCCAAGAUGGAGAGCACAGAAGACUGUUUGUCCAAGAAGAUUGAGGCGGUUGUCUGCAACGGCAACGGCAUUUCUGAUUUGGAGAGCGACCUGAAUAGGACCUUAUCUGAACUGGAAGCAGAGGCAUUAACGAAAAAUGAUUCACUUCAAGUUGGCAAGCACACAAUGACAAUCCCACGGAUCAUCCUUACUCAUCCUUCUACCUCAGAUGAAGAUGUGGAGCUCUUGACACAGAACCCUGGCAGAGAGGCAAGACAUGACUUUGACAUUCCUGACAAACGUGAACACCCUGACUGUUUCGACAGUGCCUUCUACCCACCCUGACCACAGGAUGGGGGUGCAUGGUACAUGAAGGACACAGACUGUUAUUACCCUGAUCUUUGUUUUGUUUUUUUAGCUACUGAAGAAUUUUCAGUGAUGUUACUGUGGAGGAUUAGUGUAAAACAAAGCUGUUGGAAUGUGUUUUUUUUACUGUCACUGUAAAGCUUUUUCUGUGUCAGAUUCAACUGCUGCUAAUAGUAUUUGGUGAUAUUAAAGUCAUUUACAAGAAUGGGGAACUUACUGAUUUUAUUUUUGUUACUAAAACCAACAGAGUUUUGCCUUUAUAAUUACAGUGAACAGCAAAACAUGAACAGACUGUUCUCUAAUGUCCAAAUGAAAUAAUGUUAAAUACAGUCAAUUAAACACUGAAUGCUGCUGGCUACCUCUACUUCACAUCACUGUGCUGUAAGUUAUGGAUGUGCUGGUAAAUAGCGUACCUGCCUGUGACAUUGUGAGGCCCUCAAACUUUUUAUAGUCUGUACUGAGAUAAAAUACCACAUGGCUGAACAGAGUUCACAGCAGGGUGUCCAAGUCCUGCAGAGUCCUAAAACAGACUGAACUCUGCUUCACAUCCUCACACACCUGCUGUACAAGUCGAAGUCAGACUCGUGAGAUUAGACAUUCUUAGUAUACAUGAUAUGUUUCUGAAAAGAAACGCUGUCAGAUUAAAGUCUAGAAUGUACAAACUAUAGAUGUCAAUACCUGCCUUGUAUUAUUUUACAACUUUAUUACAAUACUACAAUAUUUUCACAGUAACAAGAGAUAAUUGUUAAGUGUUCAUUUUCUCAAUAAAGUGCAAAUAUAUUGUUCCAA